AUGGAGCUGAAACCGUUAUUGAAGAGGCUGGGCUCCAUAGUGCGUGCCUUCUUCACUUUCCUCUUUGCUCUCGUGGUACUGGGAGUGAUGGUGUGGGCUUAUGUUCAGGGUUUCCAGCUAGUGACCUCUGAGUAUGGCAUCAUCUCCUUCGGCUUCUACGGGCUGCUGCUCGCCCUCCAUGUCUUGGUCCAGAGCUUCUUUGCCUUCAUCGAGCACCGGAAAAUGAGAGCCCGCACUGACCCCUGCAGCUUCACCAAGACCAUCGGCUUCACCAUCUCGGCUUACCAGGAGGACCCUGUGUAUCUCCGAGAGUGCCUCAACUCCAUCAGAGCUCUCAAGUACCCCCCUGAACUGCUGCGCAUUAUUAUGGUGGUAGACGGGAACUCAGAGGACGACCUCUAUAUGCUGGAGAUGUUCAGAGAGGUGUUUGCUGACCAAGACCCUGGCUGUUAUGUGUGGAAGAAUAACUAUCACACAUGGGACCCCACGAAGCCCCAGGAGGAUGGGGGGCUAAGCGGGGUAAACGGUGCUGCAGGGGAUGCUGGUUUUGUCACAGGAGAGGAUCCACAGCGAAAAGAGGUAGAGCAGCUGAUCAACAGCAAGAGGUGUGUGUGCAUCAUGCAGAAGUGGGGCGGCAAGAGGGAGGUGAUGUACACAGCGUUUAAAGCCCUGGGGUCCUCUGUUGACUAUAUACAGGUGUGUGAUUCAGACACUAAGUUGGAUCCUCUGGCCACGGUGGAGCUGUGUAAAGUCUUGGAAAGCGAUCCUAAGUAUGGUGCUGUGGGAGGAGACGUGAUGAUCCUCAAUCUGAAAGACUCUUACAUCAGCUUCAUGAGCAGUUUGAGGUACUGGAUGGCUUUCAACAUUGAAAGGUCUUGCCAGUCCUUCUUCAACUGCGUGUCCUGCAUCAGUGGCCCACUGGGUCUCUAUAGGAAUGACCUCCUGCAGCAGUUUCUGGAGUCUUGGUACAAUCAGAAGUUUCUAGGAACUCACUGCACGUUUGGAGACGACAGACACCUCACCAAUCGUAUGCUGAGCAUGGGUUAUGCCACUAAAUAUACAGCCCGAUCAAAGUGCUACACGGAGACGCCUGCCCAGUUCCUGCGCUGGCUCAACCAGCAGACACGCUGGACAAAAUCCUACUUCCGUGAGUGGCUCUACAACGCAAUGUGGUGGCACAAACACCACCUCUGGAUGACCUAUGAGUCCAUUGUCUCCGGUGUUUUCCCCUUCUUUGUCACUGCCACCAUCAUCCAGCUGUUUUGGACAGGCACGCUGUGGGACAUCCUCUGGGUCCUUUGCUGCAUCCAGCUGAUUGGGCUGGUGAAGGCAUCUUACGCCUGCAUCCUGCGCAGAGACGUUGUGAUGGUGUUUAUGUCCCUCUACUCUGCUCUAUACAUGACCAGCUUGCUGCCUGCCAAGUAUUUUGCCAUUCUCACCAUGAACAAAAGCAGCUGGGGGACAUCAGGCAGGCGAAAGAUGGUGGGGAACUACAUACCCCUGCUUCCGCUGUCAGUGUGGGCAGCCAUUUUGCUAGGUGGGCUGUGUUACACAAUCUACAAGGAGAGUCAGAUUGGCUGGUUCACUCCAGCCAAGAUACUGGAGACCAGGUUUCUUAUCUUUGGUUGUGUGGCCUACAUGUGCUACUGGCUCCUCAUGAUGGUCCUCUACUGGGUGUGGUUCCGCAGGUUAUGUAGAAAACGCUCUCAAAGUUACAAAGUGAGUGUAUAA